GUCCCGUGUGGACGCGCACGUGCCUGUUGAGCUCAUCCGAACGCGAGAAGCUGCGCUCACAGCCUUCCACGGAGCACGGGAACGCCUUGGCCUUCAUGCCGCUCUUGGCGGGAGCUCUCCGUGACACUCGGGUGCGCCCCGGUACAUGCACACUACCCAGGUUGAUGGUGGGGAAGGCACCCUGCAGGAGGGAGGACAGGAGGUUGGCAUCCAGGGUGGAGGGCAGGGGGGAGUUGGCGUGCUGUGCCUCGGUACUGACGCUCCAGUCCUUCAUCCAGUCCUCCUCCUGUUUGACCUCGCCUUGGCCACCAUCUUGGCUCAGCAGAGCCUCGAUAAAAUCCGGAGUGCCCAGCGUGGGGAGGGAGCUGUUCCCACUCAUUGAGGCCACCCCGCAUUUGGCACCGCAGCUGGAGCUCGUCGGCUCGCUCUUAACAGCCACAGGAGGGGGCGUAGCCACAGGUUGGCAGGCGCCGUCCCCCUGGUGCUCCAUCUCGCUGCAUAUUCCCACGAUCUCUGUGAUCAUGUUGAGGAUGGCAUCCGCGGUGCUGCUCAGGCCUGCCGUCGGCUCAGGCAGGAAGCUGCCACCACAGGCGACGGAUGGGGAGAGCGAGUCAGAGUCGCUGAAGUCGGAGAAGAAAUCUGAGUCUGAGGCGUCAGUUCCCGGGGAAACAACUGGUGGGGGAGAGUGUGUUAGUGUUAUGUAACAGAGCGAUGACGUGAACGAUGAAGAUGCUACGACUGUGCUCACCUGCCAGGUCCGACUCCACACUGUCUGCCCAGGUGCUGCACGCGUCCUCCAAGUCAGACAGGAAGCUGAGGUGGUGCUCGGCAAGCAUGGCGGGAAUUCCCUCUAAAAGGUCUUCAGGUAGGAAUCUGCAACCGGGUUCCGUUGAUCCGCUCGCUGGUGCUGAGGAUGCCGAGCUCCUCCACUCACUGGCCGUUUUAUACUCUCGGUCUCCUUGGCAACGCGAGCGCCUCCUCAUUGGUGAAGAGCGGUGUGAGGGAUUCCCCCCACCGUGCACGUUGAGGAUGCCCAAACAUGGCUGACUUCCUGUGGUGACAGCGGGCAUCCCCGCUCCAUAAAAGGAGCAGUGGGCUUUCCUCACUGCAGCGGCGCAUGUGAACCCCACUGCGGAUACAUGCACUGUGUGUGUGUGUGUGCGUGUGUGUGUGUGAGAGAGCUGUUGUCAUGCCAACGCCUGUUUAGAUGAACAUCUGCAUCAUGUGCACGCUAAGGACUCCAUGGUCUGUGAUGCACUGCUGCAGAGAUGUUGUUUCCAUGGUGACAGACGAGAAUGUCCAACAUGUCCAACAUGCUAACAGCUCGUGUUGCCAUGGCAACUCUAUGGCUUGUCCAAUCAUCAACACAAUCUGGGCCUGCCUUAAGGUUGCCGUGACAACCUGAUAACGGCGAGGUCGGCUGACGCAGAUAAACACGGCAACAACAAGCACAUGACCUCUGACAAGGUCGCUCCAGGCGUCAGACUUUAAAAGCAGAGCUGCUCCGCCGACAUCCCAUCAUCAUAGUCAUGUUGGCCUCCAUCUUGGUCGGGAGUGUCACUCCGCUCCUUCUUGUGCUGCUCGUCCUCGCUACCCUCACUACCUUGGUUCUGCUGGUGCCAAAUAGGCUUCGUCCCGCCGGCAGGGGGACCAUCCCUGGCCUGCCACGCCUCCCCAUCCUAGGCAGCCUCCCCUGGAUAGGAGGCACCAUCCCCCCACACCUACUCUUCACGCAACUGGGCCACAGGUACGGGCCGCUGUUUGAGCUCUACCUUGGGCCGCACCGCACAGUGGUGGUCAACUCUCACGUCCACGCCAGAGAAGUUCUGCUGCAGCGAGGACGAGACUUUGCAGGCCGUCCCAGCAUGGUGACCACGGACCUGUUGACCAGAGGUGGGAAAGACAUCGCCUUCGCUGACUACUCGUUGCUUUGGAAGCUGCACCGACGUUUAGUCCACAAUUCCUUGGCUCUGUUUGGAGAAGGAAGCGGUCGCCUGCAGGAAAUUGGUAGGAACUCGCUCCCGCCCACUCUUUUACCACGUGACACUCUAUUGUUUUACUUCCUGACAGUUAUGUCUGAAGUGGAAAGUCUGUGCAAAAUAUUGUUGUCCUAUGGGGGGUGUGGCUUCGACCCAUCGGCUGCGGUGAACACGGCCAUCACCAACGUGGUGUGCACGCUGGUGUUCAGCACCACCUACCGCCACGGCGACGCCGAGCUGCAGGAGGUGAUUCGAUACAAUGACGGCAUCGUGCGCACUAUCGCCAGGGGAGGACUUGUGGACAUCUUUUCCUGGAUGAAGGUGUUCCCCAGCUCGUCGCUGAGAGAGCUGCAGGCAUGCGUUGCUAUGCGAGACCGUCUUCUGGUGCGCAAACUGCAGGAACACAAGGCGGCGCUGAAUGACGGCGAGCCUCGAGACCUCCUCGAUGCCUUGCUGAAGGGUCAAAGUUCACCCGGGCCAGAGGGGGAAGCCAUCACGGAUGACCACGUGUUAAUGACUGCGGCAGAGGCCUUUGGCGCUGGCGUGGAGACUACGUCCACCACCCUGCUGUGGAUCCUGUCCUACCUGCUGCACCACCCUGAGGUCCAGGAGCGCGUGCAGAAGGAGCUGGACGAGCAGGUGGGCGGCGAGCGGCCAGUGUGUGUGGCGGAUCGUGGUCGGCUGCCAUACCUGGACAGCGUCAUCAACGAGGGAAUGCGGAUCCGGCCUGUCAGCCCAGUGCUGAUCCCACAUAGUGCCAUGAAGGAAAGCAGGUAUGGCAAACGUUUGUGCACCUGCACCUGCCAAAGCUACCAUUUGGUUCUGGCCACAGCAUUGGUGGGCACGCCAUCCGCCAUGGGACUCGCGUGUUGGUCAACAUGUGGUCCAUCCAUCAUGACCCACACUGCUGGCACCGACCGGACAUGUUCGAUCCAGGUAACGCUCCUGAUCAUCGCCCCAAAAUACACCCAGUCCUUUCCAGAUCGUUUCCUUGACAACCAGGGCCGGCGGGUCACGCCCUCCUGCUUCCUGCCAUUUGGGGCGGGACCUCGUAUCUGUGUGGGCGAAUCACUGGCCAGGCUGGAGCUGUUCCUCUUUCUGUCCUCGAUACUCCAGCGAAUGAGCUUCAUGCUUCCAGACGGGGCUUCCCCUCCUAACCUUCAGGGGCGUCUGGGCGUAGUCUUGCAGCCGCUACCUUAUAAGGUUGUUGUCAGGCCCAGGGGUGGCUGGGAAGUUUGCAGUCAUGCUAACUAGCCAGUGACGAUUGUUGUGUUGCGAUGAACAAACCUACACUUCAAGCUAACCACUUGCUAAUGUUCUGACAUCCAUCAUUAAACAGAAUGUUGUUUGUGUGAUCAGUUUAUUGAGUAGAACUUCACUUUUAGAACAGGCUGACAUCAGAACAAUAAUUAGCAUGGUAAGGUCUUCCCUGCCUUCUUAUGACACAAUAAAGGGUUAUUAGCUUUUGUAAACUGAAGCGCUAAACAAACACAAACACGCAAAGGCAUGUGACUAAAGAGCCAACAAUAGAAAACAAACAAACAAAAAAAUCACUUAAAAGGUUAAUCAGUUACUAACAGCACAGGACAAAAGAUGUCUUCAAAUGGCCAGCUGAAACAUUCCUCA